GCUCAGGUAACCUCCAGCUAGCUAUCAGGACUUCGAGAUGGAGGGUCUCUUUUUCAACGUGAACAAUGGCUACAUCGAGGGGAUUGUCCGGGGGUAUCGGAACAGCCUGCUCACCAGCCAGAACUACUCCAACUUGACCCAAUGCGAAAACAUCGAUGAUGUCAAGUUACAGCUCGCCCCCGCCUAUGGCGACUUCCUCGCCGCACUACCUCCCAACCCCUCCACAUCUGCCCUCGCCGGUAAGAUGACGGACAAGCUCGUAGCGGAAUUCCGCUACCUCCUCGCCCAGGCCACGGGGUCUACUGCCAAGUUCCUACAAUAUCUGACGUACGGAUACAUGAUCGACAACAUUGCUCUCCUGAUCACCGGCACCUUGCACGAACGGGACACGCGAGAGCUCCUGGAGCGAUGCCAUCCCCUAGGGUGGUUCGAGACCUUGCCGGUGCUAUGCGUCGCCACCAACAUCGAAGAACUGUACAAUUCCGUGCUUAUUGAGACACCAUUGGCGGACUAUUUCAAGGGGAGUCUCAGCCACCAGGACUUGGACGAACUGAAUAUCGAAAUUGUGCGCAAUACGCUCUAUAAGAACUACCUCGAGGACUUUCACAACUUCGUCACCACCCAUCCGGACUUCAAGGGCACUCCUACGCAAGAGGUCAUGUCUGAGCUGUUGCAGUUCGAGGCCGACCGUCGUGCAAUCAACAUCACUCUGAACUCAUUCGGCACCGAGCUCUCGAAGCAGGAACGGAGGAAGCUGUACCCCGAGUUCGGCAAGCUCUACCCUGAGGGGUCUUUGAUGCUGUCCCGCGCCGACGAUCUCGAAGCCGUGUCUUUGGCCGUGAGCGUCAAUGCCGACUACAAGGCCUUCUUCGACGCAGUUGGUCUCAGCCAGGGCGGAGGUGGAGGCUUCGGGAUGGGUGGCGGCUCAGAUGGGAAGAGUCUGGAGGAUCUGUUCUACCAGAAGGAAAUGGAGUUGUGUAAGAUUGUCUUCACGCGCCAGUUCACCCCGGCGGUGGUAUACGCGUGGAUGCGCCUCAAGGAACAGGAAAUUCGAAACGUCACCUGGAUCGCGGAGUGCAUCGCGCAGAACCAGAAGGAGAGAAUCGGAAAUUUCAUUUCUGUCUUCUAAGCUUUGUUGCUCCUUGCAAUCUCCAUGUUAGCCCGUCCUCUCCGUCUUUCGAUGCUACGCCUAUUCCCAUACCGUUCCAUCGCGAUCCCUGGUCUCUGUUAUUAUUGUACCUAGUUUCAAUGACCCUGUUGUCUGAUCUUUGGGCUGUUGGCUUUAGUCAAGUACCCUCCCUAUGAGCGUCGCAAACUCGCUCGGCAUACCCUUGCCAGUUCUUUUCUUCUUGGUCUCUGUUUGCUUGCCUCGGCGUUUGGGGGAUCUCUUCCUUGUGAUAUAGUAUAGAUGAACACAUCUUGAGCCUGAAUUUGUUCAGGUAACCUUCACGC